AAUGGAGAUUGAAACGGCCGUUAAGAGUAUUCAAGAGGAAGCUAUUGAGACGGAGGUAAUCUCCAAUGACAUUCACACAACUCCGCUAGGUCUUAUCGAAGAAAGCACGUCAAUCGAUGUAGACGAAACAGUCACUUACCAAACACUUACAAAUGCUGAGACUGUUGAGCCUAGACAAAUAGAAGAAACCGUUGACCAUUUAGCUAACAGGAACAAUUAUGCCUAUGAGAACAAGGAGGUUCUGGUACAACACGCCAAAGAACUAAUAGCUCAACAUCAAAUACCAACGCCCGACGGAAAAUACAUAUGCAAACUAUGCGGAAAACAAUUCGGGUACAAAAAUGGCCUUUUAAGGCAUUUGCGUUUGACACAUUUGGGAGAAAAGCCUUUCGAAUGUACAAUAUGCAACAGAAAAUUUGGUUACAAGCAUAUUCUUCUGGAACAUCAAAAUCUUCAUUAUGGAAAUAGACCUUAUGCUUGUCCGGUUUGUAAUAAAAGAUUUGCGGCACGAUCUAAUUUGGUUCAACAUCGUAACGUACACCGAAAGACUUUUACGUGUCACAUGUGCGGUAAAAAGUGCGAAACGCUUGAUGAAUUAAAUGCUCACGUUUCCAGCCAUCCACCAAGCCCACCACUCGUUUGCAGUUUAUGCAGCUAUAGAGCAAAAACAGCUCAAGAUUUAGCGACUCACACUGAAGCAAGACACAAGCCACAGUUGAUCGAUAUUAAACCUCCUCACAAUGCCGGUGGACUACCGCCCCACAAUAUUCACAAUGAGAUACAAAUCCAACCUCAGAUGGCUCAUUCACGGCAAGUCGUUACUCCUAACCCAUUAGAUAAUCUUACAACUUUGGCAGAUGCUGCUAGAAUGAAGAGUGAAGUUGAAAAACCCGAACCAGAAGACGAGGUUAAACCUCUUGUACCAACGUUUUCUACCGAGUAUCCCCCCGACCCUGACACAACGGAAUCUCCUGUAAAAUCGGUGCAGCAGCCGCUUCCAACAUUUCACGAUAUGUUUCCACCUUGUAACACGCAAGUUGUUUAUUCAACCCCCGCUCCUGUUCAUCACGUUAUGGAAGUUAAUAAUAAUAGUAUCAAGCAUCCUCUUCCUCCGGUUAAUGGAUUUAACAAUCAACAACAGCAUCAAAUGCAACAAGUUACUCUAACUCUUCCUCCGCAACAAGUACAACAGAAGCAACCGAUUCAUAUUCAACAGGUAAAUAAUAAACCGUCUACCGAUGCUAUCGUUCAAUGCGACGACGAGGAGGGACCAAUGCCUGACUUAGAAGAUGUAAUUGAUCAUUAUUUAUGUAAAGGGAAAAUUUUUAGAUGUCAUCAUUGUGAUAUCAUAUUCUUUGAGAGAGCUAUGUACUUCUUACACGUUAGUUUACAUGGUUCAGAAUCUCCUUGGCAAUGUGCUAUCUGUGACAAACAAUGCACGGAUAAAAACGAUUUCACUUUACAUUUUAUUAAUCAAAAACAUGAACGUUAG